AUGGUGUCCGCAACCAAGAAGCCGGUGUCGGCGAUGUCAGCAAGGAACUCCACCAGGCACCGAAAGGUCUCUCACAAGGUGACGAAGAUUAUCACCACGGCCAAAAGCCGGGUGAUAUCUAACAAGGCGAUGAAAAUCAGGACCAAGAGCUGGAAAGACAUGCCAUCGUCUGAGCGACGGCGCAGAAUGAAUGCCAUGGUCGACGAGCUCAGGCACCAAGAAUAUGUCGAAAUGCCCACAAAGCCUAGAGGUAGCACAUCGACUUACAAGGCUGGCGGAAGUGAGAGGGUGCAGCUAGUCAAGGCGGCCUCGACCCUUCCAACUCCACCACUCACUCCUCCCGUUCUCUCCAAACCCACCGGCUCCGCGUCCCAGUCGAAAGGUGAUUUGAAACCAAAACGCCCGGCGCCCGAGAAAAAGCGAUCGCUGUCGAACCGGGACCACACGACGACGCGAAACACCCCAAUACACGCACCCAUCAUGUCCUCAACAUUCACAUCCCUCCGUGGCCUCGCCACCCGCCUCUUCGCCGGCGGCGCGCGUCCCUCGCCAUCAUCCCUCCUCCUACCUAAUAAGCCCGCGACCGCCGCCCUCCCCACCGCGAUCCAACACCAACAAACCGCUUCCUACGCGAGCAAGGGCAAGAGCGGCCCCCCAGCCGGCAUGUUCUCCGGCCAAAAGGCCGGCAGCAAGAAAUCCAAAGGGCCCAAGCAAGUCGACCCGCGUAUCAUCAACAUCCUGCGACACUUUGCCGUCCUCUCGCCCAAGCGGAUCCCCCCACCCCUCCGUUUCGGCCGCAACAGGUACCUGCGCCACUGGACGAUCCAUCGCGCCUGGCUUCUCUUCCGUCGCCAGCAGCGCGAGCAGCGCGAGCGGAUCUUGAUGCAGCAGCACCAGAGCAUGAGCAACGCGUGUGAGGAGCUUCGCAACACAGAGGGUCCCGGAACGAGGGAGACGGGAUACCUGUAUCGUGUGGCGAUGCUGAAGAAUGGUGUGUAUGGACUGAAGAGUAUCCCAAUUGAGUAUGCUAGUCGGGCAUUGGUGGAGACGCCGGGUAGGCAGGCUUGGAAUCAUGAGUGGAAGCGGUAAAUGGGAUGUUUGAGAGGGUGGGGAAGGAUAGGAGUCUGAAAAGGAUGGAGGGACGGGACGGGCCAGUAUUUGUCUGGUGUGGACAUGAGAGAUAUAACAACCUCUGGGGAAGGCAACAAGAUGGAAUAGUGCCAAAAGGGGGGUUUGGUUGAUUGUACGAGUAGGAAUAAGCAGGAUUUUCCAUGGAUUUGCUACGUUUUUUUCUUGC